GGAUUCAAACGGGUCUGACUCUGGUCUAAACGGAAUAAGCAAGAAAUCAAGGUCUAAACGAGGUCAUAGCGGAAUUAACCAGCUGGGAGGUAUGUUUGUCAACGGACGCCCUCUACCGGAUUCUACUAGGCAACGCAUCGUGGAGCUGGCCCACAGUGGGGCAAGGCCCUGUGACAUUUCCCGGAUUCUGCAGGUAUCCAAUGGAUGCGUGAGCAAAAUUCUCGGACGUUAUUACGAGACCGGGUCAAUACGACCUCGAGCAAUAGGUGGCAGCAAACCUCGUGUUGCUACGAAUGAUGUGUGUAGACACGUUGCCCAAUAUAAACGGGAAUGUCCGUCAAUAUUCGCCUGGGAAAUUCGUGAUAGACUGCUGGCGGACGGCGUUUGUAAUCAGGAAAAUAUACCCAGUGUUUCUUCCAUAAACCGUGUCCUUCGAAACCUAGCAACAGAAAACCAAAAGGUCAUGGGUCAAGGCAGCAUGUACGACAAGUUGGGUAUCCUGAACGGACAGGCAUGGGCCCGGCCUAACCCAUGGUACCCCAAUAUGGGCAUGCAUACUUUAGGAGCACCAGCUUACCAUCAACCACCAAGUAGUCACUUGGAACUGGACAAGAAACACAAUGAUACAAAUUCAAGUUCGGAUAGCAACCAUAGCGACGGUGCGAAGGGCUCGGAAAAUGACGAACAAAUGCGGAUGAGAUUAAAACGGAAACUUCAGCGUAACCGCACGUCGUUUACAGCAUCCCAGAUAGAGGCGCUGGAAAAGGAAUUCGAGCGCACGCAUUACCCCGAUGUGUUCGCCCGAGAGCGGCUUGCACAGAAAAUAGACCUUCCUGAAGCCAGAAUACAGGUUUGGUUUUCAAAUCGUCGGGCAAAAUGGCGUCGAGAGGAGAAGCUGCGGAACCAAAGGCGUGAUCCCGGAAGUGGAUCCUCGCGUCUCCACCCCCUCAAUUCGGGCUUUCCCAACUCCAUGUAUCCCUCUCUACAGACCAUAUCCCAGAUGGGGUCCGUUGAUUCAUAUAGUGCAAUGCCUCCAGUGCAGAAUUACUCAUUAAACAAUUCCAUGCCAUCCAACCCAUCGUGUCUUCAAUCCUCCAGUUCACCCUACUCCUGCAUGAUACCUGACUAUCCGGGGCCUCGGAGCUAUGACGCUCUCUCCCUAAGUGCGUAUUCGAGAUCAUCGUGCAGCGCAGUCGCAGCAGGCAGCAUUCCAAGUCACGUGUCCCAUCUCAACUCUCACAAUGGUGCGUCCUCGGGUAGGACAUAUAUCAAUACGGGUUUAAUAUCACCAGGGGUGUCCGUUCCUGUUCAAAUCCCAGGGGGCGGACCCCAGGACAUGCAUCACAUGGCGUCCAUGUCGUCGCAAUACUGGCCGCGAAUCCAAUGAUAGUGGGUCCAAUGACAUUCGGUCAAAUGAUAGUGGGUCCAAUGACAUUUGGUCCAAUCAUAGUGGGUCCAAUGACAUUUGGUACAAUGAUAGUGCGGCCAAUGACAUUUGGUCCAAUCAUAGUGGGUCCAAUGACAUUUGGUCCACUGAUUGUCGAUCCUCUGGGCAUGUUCAUUGGGUUCCUCUUUGUCAUGUCCUGUGGCAAAACGUACUGACUGUGCUGUAUCGUUGUUUCUGGUUUUAUGAAACAAGUGAUGUAGCCAAAGCAGCCAGAAUGUCUGCCCCGUGUAAAUGAACAAGUAGUUCUUUCCUACAGAAGGGAACUGUAACUAAAAAAGCGAGGACGUGUUAGUGAAACGUUUGAAUAGAUGAGUUCACCGAGAAAUAACCAAGGAAAAGGGCGGCAAUGUUUUUUAUGUAAGCCAUAUAAGAAAUUAUAGCUUGGAACUUAACGGUUGCGUUAGAAGCAAACAAUGAACAUGUAUAGUCUCGGAAAUAGUUUGUGAAAGAAUCGUGUUGGUAACAAUUAAUAUAACAAACACUACCGGUGACAUGGAAUAGAAACUGAGAUAUACAUGCGGCUAAGAAAGAAUGAAAAUUGCAGUACGUUGCAAUAAACGCCUUUCCGUAUGUCAGUUUUCAAUUUUCAACAUGUACCCGAUAUAAUCUCUGCAUAAUCAACACACUCGUGUGUCGCUACUAACGAGACAUAUGCAAAUUGUCCAUAAUAAUUUAGAAAAAAAUGAAAGUAAAUAGUUUCAUUUACAUGUUAGGUUCUUUAGAACAUAGCACACUUACAUGAAAAGGUAAAUCACGUUUUGUUAAUGUUGUUAAAAGGUCAUUGAAUUCCAGAGUGAAAUUGAUACAGUGAGUUAGUAACUGCACAUUAUAUAUUUAAGAUCAUGCAUUUUAUCAUGUGUACAUACAAGAUAUUUAUUCCAUGUUAUCCGCUUUUCCUUUCUUUUCUGUGGCAAAUCAAGACAUAUGUAGCAAAGGCCGACAAAGACGUAAAGGAAAAAACAUUCACAGUUUCUUUAAUAUGCGUCAUGUUAUGUUUAAAUUAAAUCUUCGUAAUUUUAAUUAAAUAAUCAAGUUUUUAUAAUAUCAAUAAUAAUAAUAAAAUGGUUUAUUGUUGAGUGUUUAUUUGGCAACUCUGUGAAUGUGAACAUGCUCUCUUUACUAACUUUUAUGACCUUUUUAAUGUUCAAUUCAUUAAUUAAUGUAUCGUAUUCUGGCUCAAAUAUUCGAGGGGUUUUUUGGUUCAUUUUAAGCUCAGGAAUUUCAGUUAUAUAUGAAAAAUAAAACCGUUUGUGCAUUGAAAUCUUCGAAUAAAACUGUUUGCUAGUCCAUUCGAGCCAGGGUUAUAUUGUCAUUGUUUUAACGUUUUGUUGGUUUAAGUUUGCACUACAUGAUUGAAUGAAAAUAUUCAAUGUACGUUUUCCAUUCUUUCUUAAGCGGCCAGUACUUACUAAUACUACCACCGUGUUUUACGCAGUCAUUAUUAAUUGUAGCUAGUCGCUUAUAUGUACUAAUCUUUGUUAUCACAUAUUGUGUACACAAUGUGAAUACUGUUUUCAGCACUUUGUUCCAUGUCAUAUGUGUCUUCAUUUAGUUGUUGCGUCGAAUGAACGCUUAUACUUCUUGCUUCAUUGGUACUUCUAUUUUUAUUCAGAAAAUAAAAACACAACUCGAGACAAACGUUAAAUCAGGCUUUUAAUUAACUAUUCUGUAGCUUUGUUUCGCCUAAAUAUUGAAUCAUUUGUUCUCCAGACAACGGACUAAAUUUCGAUCAGGAAAUCGGCCCUCGCCUAAACAAAAUUAUCAUUUGAAAUUUAUGUAUCCUAAACACUUAUUUAAAAUGAAUCUUCAAAUAGUUUUCUCGCACUAUAAAUAUGUUUCUCAAAAUCUAUUUUAAUCAUCUCGUCAUUUUCAAAAGCUGCAUUCGUAAGUUAUCCUUGCAGACCUGUUUUGUUAUUAUUUCAGACUCCGUGUUCGUGAUUAUAAUUUUCGUACUCUGAGUUCUGAAUUAUCUUUUCAGACCCUGUAUUCGUGGU